AUGGAAAAACACGAGAAACAAAAACGAAAUGAUCCUCUACUUCAAGUUAGUGAUUCAACACUUAACAGUGAGGCAUUGCCGGAAGCUCAAGUUAAAUGCAUUUCUGGUGAUGGGCUACCUAAGAAACGGCCAAGACGUUUAUCAGUAAGCUGUACUGAACGAGAUGUAAAAGAAUCGCUAGCUCCAUUUGAGUCUAGCAAUGCCUUGACUAUAAACGCUUGUGUCACUUCAAUAUCUAAUGAGGAAGGGAGUGACGAAUGUAUGCUCGAAUGUAUUUGUGAAAAAACUUCGCAAAAAUAUUGCGUGAAACUUCAAGGAAUUUGGGCUUCAACUCCAGUGCGCAUCGGUUCUUCCUUGCGUAUUAUUGGUGCUGAAGCGAGAAAUGAAAAGGAGUUGAUGCUAAACUGGGAAACUGGUGUUAUUGUUCUCGAACAGAAUAUUCUUGUUCCUUGCACAAUGAUUGCUCGAGCAACAUUUUGUCGACGUAAAGCAGUACUUUCGUAUCACUUCAGAAACCGAAUUGCUUCAAAUAAUAAUAUAUUAGUAGGAAAUAUUGUUCAUGAACUUUUUCAGAUCGCAGUUACUCGUCCAAAUUUUGAUGUCACUGAAAGCAGUUUAAUUGAUCUGUGGCGAAAAGAAUUACAUUGGCGAUAUGCGGAGCAACUUUUCGUCUUGUCCAUUUCUCUUGAAGAAAUUGAAUCUAAAUUAUACCGCUAUCUUAAAACAAUCACUCACUGGAUAUUAACACAUAUGCCUCCAACAAAAGGCCGAAACAAUUGCUUACCGACGGGUUUAAUGUUAGAAGAAGUAGUAGAUAUAGAGGAAUCUAUCUGGUGUUCUUGUUACGGUUUCACAGCUAAACUUGACUGUACUUUAAAGGUAAAAGCGCAGAAUGGUGAGCGAAAACUAAUACCGAUGGAACUCAAGAGUGGCAAAUCAAAUCCUAACAUAGAGCAUACAACACAGGUUAUGCUGUACUGCCUUGCACUGACUGCAAAAGGGAGUACGAUCGAAAGUGGUUUAUUGCUUUAUCUUUUGGAUGAAACUGUUCGCGUAGUUUCUCCAAAAUUGAUUGAUCUCAAAGGAAUUUUGCACUUGCGUAACGAGAUAGCAUCAAGCAUCAGUGCUUUCUCAUUGAACAGUCUUCCAGAACCUCUUGCUGAUACUCGUGCUUGUAAUGGAUGUGAUUAUCUACUGCCGUGUUCGUUACUACAGCAGCCUACUGAUGAUUCAGUAGCCGAAAAGUUUUUUAAAAACCAAUUAAAACAUUUGGAAAUAGAACAUAUUGACUAUUUUAAAAAGUUUAGUCGUUGGGUGUUAUUGGACUGGAGUUGUAUUUCAAGAAAGGGUAACGCUGAUAAAAAAAAUAGUGGUAAAAGGAUGAAGUUGGAACAGUGUAUAAAAGGGUUGCUUAACUCUAUGCGCGAAGUAGAAAAUAAAACGGUUUUAACUUUUCAACGGUUAUUCUUUGUUUUCUACAUUUUUGAAAAUGGAAAUUCAUUUUUAUUGUAG